AUCAACAUGAAUCAAACUAUCAACGUCGAUCAACUAAAUUCAGCGUUAGCUUCGUUGAGAACUCUUCGUUCAAGCGUCAGUCACGUAUUUGAGACAUUAUCAAACGGGCUUCGAGCCGACCACGGCGAAGAUGGCAAAGAUAAAUUUUUACUAGAACUACAAGAACUUUUAAACAAUGUAAAUAUAAAUCUGCGAGAUUUAGAACAGACUGUAAACGGUUUACCAAUACCCACUGCACCAUUCAACCUCGGCAACACAACAUUUUUGAGUCAAGAAACAACGCAAGAUCGACAAGCGCUAUAUACUCAGCUAGUAAACAGCUAUAAAUGGACUGAUAAAAUUCACGAAUACAGUUCAUUCGCACACACAUUGUUAAGUCAGAAUUCAUUAAAAAGGUCAUAUAUAAACUCUGGUAGUACAAAACGUCGCGGCAAACUACAGAGUAAUCACAAUGUUGCACCGCUGCAGGUUGAUAACGUAAUAAACAAUAUAGAUAGAUCGUACAACGAUAUGAAAAUCACGAUUUCGCGCCCAUUCGCAAGCAACGCGGUCGUCCAAAUAAAUUUGAGCCAUGUCUUAAAAGCUGUUGUGGCAUUCAAAAGUUUGUUGAUGGAAUGGGUGAUGGUUAAAGGUUAUGGGGAAACACUCGACUUGUGGACGGAGUCAAGACAUCAUGUCUUUAGAAAGGUAACUGAAAAUGCUCACGCUGCGAUGCUACAUUUCUACUCACCGACCAUGCCUGAACUAGCAGUUCGGUCAUUCAUGACGUGGCUGCAUAGUUACGUGAAUCUAUUCAGUGAGCCCUGCAAAAGAUGUGGGUGCCACUUACAUCAUACAUCCAUGCUACCCCCAGCAUGGCGAGAUUUCCGUACCCUUGAACCAUUACAUGACGAGUGUAAGCAAUAGUUAAUGUGGUAUUGAAUAGGACAACUCGGAGCACUGGUACUAAACUUGUGUUGCGGUUUUCCUAUUCAAUAUUACAAGUUGCAAUUAGACAAUUACAGGGACUUCAAUAAAGAAUUAAAGACUGUGAAUAGCAGUGUAAAGAUAUGCCUUUUAAAUAUAUACACAGGGCCAGUUUCGUGGGUUAUAGAUAGUUUAUCCUUGAAAUAAGUUAUGAAUGGACUUGUUUGCCCUUAAUAAACUACAACUAUUAAAAUUGUAUUUGCAAAUAGAAAUAUCUCAUAAGUGGAAAUUAACUGUAAAAUAAAUAUUAUAUCAAAAGAUCUUUAUCUGUUGGAUGCAAUCAUCUGUCAAAUAACUAAAUCCAUAACUGCUGAAACAGGUUCAUAAUAUAGUAAAUGAUUCAGUAGUAAAGUAAAUUCUAUUUUAUAUUUAAAUUAAGACUUAUAAAUGUUUAAAGUAAUUUUUUUACUGUUUAUAGUGUGUAAUGAAACAUGAUACCUGUACUCUGUAAUUAUGUAUUCAUAAUAUUUGUAAAGGUGUUUUAAUAAAACAGCAUAUUUAA